CUCAUACUUAUCCUUUCCUUCAUCACAUCGAAAUUAGCUUGUACCGAAUUUUGGAACAUAGGUUUUCCAAUAUUUAAGAUUAAACUAUAUCCUUUUGGUAACAUUAGCUAAAAAUGUCAUCUGCAGCUGAACAGGCAAGAUUACGCAGAGAGCGUCGCAUGGAGAAGAUCCGCCAAGGAGGAAAUUCUAGAAUUCACAGAAUUUUGGGUCAGGAACCUAAAGAAGAUGAGCAAAUGCCUUCUCAUGUCUCUACUCCUGAAACUGUUGCUUCUCCGAGCAUUCAGUCAACUUCUAAAGCCGAGUCAGUUAUGCCUUCGGACACUCAGAUUUCCGAGGAAGAUAAAGGUGAUCCUAGAGAUUUACAUAAUCUCUUGAAUUCACCCUUCAAUUUACAGAGCGACACUCCAUCUAAUGUUCCCCCUGAGAAUAUGUUCGCUGAAAACCCUGAUUUUGCCAAAUUUUUCCAAGCCCUUAUGCAAUCUUCCAAGGAAGAUAACAAUGGACCGUUUGAAAGGCCCGAUGCUACUAGCAACCCCAAUACUUAUGUGGAAAAUACUCAAAACCAAACAUUGCGAAAGUAUGUCCACUUACUUUUCGUUGCAGCUAUAGUUUGUUUCUGCUACUUUCGUCGAUUGCCUUUACUUCCUUGGAUGUUUACUGUUGAAGCAUGCUUACUUUCCAUCCGGUUGUUUCUGGACAGAAAGAAUCCACCAUCAUCUUCUUUAUUAAUGACGCUGGCUUCUCAAUUGCCGGCUCCUUAUGCGUCUAUGAUUAGACACACUACAAACUAUGCUUCUUUAGUAUCCCAGUUGAUUACUGAUGCUAGUGUAGCGAUUUUCGUGAUUGGAAUAUGUUGCUAUAUAAGCCCUUCUUUACUUUAAUGAUGAUGAAUAUAAUAGUACAAUGAUCGGAGUCGCAGGGAAAAAAAAGCAUACGGUAAUUUUGAGAGUCGCUACAAAGUUUUUACAGGAAAAGGAAUUGAACUGAAUCUUCUAAUAAAUAUAUAUGUUUAUACUUUUUCUUGUUUUCCUUAUGAGUUGAAUCAUCGCAAGUUACGUUUGAUGCUGAAUUCAAAUUAGCUAGCUAGUUGUCUAUUUUAACGAGUUUAGAACCAUGGCACUUUAUAAACUAUUUCAUUGCUUGAUUGCUCUCGCAUUGAAAAAUAUACUGCCCUAAGAAAAUAUGAGUUUCGUAAAUUUGUUUAGUAAAUAGUGAUCAACGCUCUGAAAUACAGAAAUGUUUUUUCAUAAACUAAAUCUAAAGCAUAUUUCAAC